CUUGUCGAUCGAUUUGUGUUGCAGAUCGAGCGAGGAGAUCUACGGGUAGAAAUGACGGGCGGAAGAACGAUCGUAUUCGCACUGGGGGUAUGCAUAGGCACUUCUCUGCUGCUCUUCGGCGACGUGCUCGCGGAGGAGCUUGCGGAAGCAUCGACCACUCCGUCCGGGAGAUUUGAUUAUCAGGCGGCGCCGACCCCCCGGGGAGCUGCGACGAUCUUGACGAGGGUCUCGCCGGGUCGUCAGGCUCAGUCAAUCGGGGAGAAAGAUGGACAAAAUGUCGAGUUGACAAGCGGCGAGGCGCGCGACAAGGGGGGGGAGCCAUCGCGUCGCGACGCCGGCGAUGACGAAAGUGCGAGCCAGGCUGGAGAGAAAAGCGAUACGUCGCAUGAUCACACGACGCAGACGAGUCCUCGAGCGACCGGUUCGGCCGAACAGAUCGAGGACCCGUCGAGCGCGGAUGGCAGCAGGAAACCGAGAUACGGCGAGAUCUCGGCCGAAAGCUCCGGUAAGAGCAUCAGCACGAAAGCCGUCUCCGAGAGACCUCCCCGGUUGUCCAGGACGAACGAGCUGACUAUAGCGACUACGAAGCCAGCUCUGAAUGACUCGAAGCAGGACAACAAGAGGAACCCGGCGAACACCACGCUAGAAGAAUCCCUUGAGCACGAAGGAGCCAAAACCGUAACGCCGAGAACGAGCGAGGAGCUCGUCGGCGAGGAGUCGAGCAGCGAGCGGAAGCUGAAACCCGACGCGGGAGCGGCGCUGGGGAAUCACACGUUUCCGGAACAAUCGAUCGUCAGCUCCGAUGACAAGAAGGACUCAAGGGCGAGCAUGGAGAGAAUAGUGAACGCCGCGAUAAUCGGGGACUCCUCUUCGACGUCCCCGAGACCGAGGAAGGACGAAGCCAUGCUCGUCGGCGGCAAGGAAGACAGAGCUGGCGAGCAUCCCGAUCUCAAGGUAGUCAUCGCGGAAAAAGACGCGACCUCAGCCAGCUUCGCUGAUCGAGAAGUCGCGGAGGACCGGCGACUGGAGAGCCGUGACCGGGAAUUCACCACCGUGCGCGGCGUUCUGCUCGAGGACGCGCCUCAGGGCGAGAAGCACGCGGCCGAACCCGCCACAUCAGCGUCCGAAGCGUUCGAUCUGGAGAAGAGCGGAGACGAGAAGGGACACGAGGGGGCCGUCUCUCUAAUUAACGACACGUACGUGAACUACAGGACGCAGGCGGAACAGGAGCCGAAAGCUGCCUCUGCGGGGAAGCCCGCCGUCGACCCGAAGGAGGAGGUGGAGGUCGUGAAGGAUGUGACUCAUCAGCCGAUACUGAAGAUCGUAGCUGUCGCGAACGACAGCGCGGCGAACGAUUCUCGUGCCAACGAACUCAUGGAGCAGGCAGUCGUUUAUCAGAAGAGAAGAAUGGCGAUCGGCGAGGACAAAGAUCACGAGGGACAAAGGACGCUCUCGUCGGCCAACGACGCGAGCGUCGAGGGUCAUCGGGCGGGCGACGCGAAAGAACGGGAAUCGAUAAGCACACCUGAGGCUCAGCUGAAGCCGCUGGAAACAACGACCCUGGCCAUCGAGCCUGAACAGCAGACCUCGGCCGCUCCCAGAGUCAUUCCUAGUCCGAUUCCGCAGGGCAGGACUAUCGGCUUCUCCGACGUCAACGAGUUCCCGAGCAUCGAGCUCAAGUCCACGGCUGCGACGAGAGUCGACGGUGGACUCGGGACAACGCCGUUCAUCCUGAGUACGGAGAUGUUUACUCAGAAGCCUUACCCCUAUGUGAAGCACCCCGGCGUGGUGCAGUCGGAGACGACAACCGUCGCCAGCCCGAAGCCGAAGAGCAGCGGCGUCGCUGAGGAGACAUCAGCUUACGAGAACACGAUCAGCAGGGAAGAGUCGGGGAAGAAGUUCAUCGUCACCGAAGCUUCCGUCGUAAUAGAGAAUAGCAUUCAACAGCAGAAGUCGGACGAGAAGGGUCGGAGCGAGCCCGCAAACACCACGACGGAGAGCCCGGCUUUAGCGUCGGCGACGGUGAUCGCGAUCGUCCAAGACGAGAUCGGGCCGACGAACGAGACUCUCCCGGACAAGUCGAGCAGCAGCGUGAAGCCCGCGGAGGCGAAGGACGCGCCGGUCACGAGAUCGGAGGAGAAAACGAUCACGGCGAUGAGGGAUGAGGCCGGUUACGAUGUGACCGGAAAUGGAAUAACGGAAGUCAGCUCGCCUGCGAGUGGACGAGGCGACGGCGAGGAGGCGAAAUCGCGCGCCGACGAAGCGACGGAGUCGACGACGGCGCACUCCGCGUCGACGCCGAAGGCGUCCCUCUUCAACACGGACAUCCAGACUGAACCGGAAGAGGCUAUGAUGAUUCGCUCGACCCUCGUCGUGACCGAGUCCACGAUAGUUCCCGUAGACGAGGACACGGCGACCGAAGCGAACAAGUCCACGACCUCGAUGACGCAGUCAAUGGAGAGCAACGCGAUCACCGGCGCGGUCGAGAAUACCACCGAGUCCACGCAGAGGGCGAACGUGACGCUGCAGGUUGCCGCAGCGGGUGCGAGCCGAAGCAGCGAGCCUUCGUCCACCACGUUGGACCCUGACGAGACGUCGAUCCCGACGACCACUUCCGUCGAGUUCGAGUUUGUCGGCCUCACGGAGGUGGCGUCUUCGAACGGCACCAACACCACGGAGAAGAGCGUCCAGGGGCGAACCUUCGACGAGCAAACGAUGCCGCCGAGAAUCACGACGACCCCAAAGUCCUCCACGGGAAACGCUUCGACGGAGGAGCCGAUUACCACGGCGAGAGCCGAAGACUCCAGCGAGCUUCCGGCUACGCUCAAAGACGAGACCUCGACGACGGAUCAAGUGGCGGCCACGAUAAACGAGACUACCGAAGGCAGGCUCCCCCCUGAAACCACUCGGUCCAUCGACGACGAACAAAGCGGUCGCACGGAGGCCAGCGGGAAUGAAGUUACCACGAGCGCGAUCGAUUUCACCGACGCCGGCACCGACGUCGAGACCGCCGGCGUCACCGACGAUCCUUCCGUGUCCAAGGACUCGGGUUUCCACGCAAACGUCAGCGAGACUUCCGCCCCGGGCGCGACCGAGCUUCCGCCGGUCACGACGCCGCCUGCGACGAACGUCACGGAGAGCCCUACGGCCCCCUUCGCGCCCACGAACAUUUUGCCACCGAAACUUCCCACCCCGAACAGCACGGAAUCGCCCGAGGAGGAGGAGGGGACGGAAAAUAUUCAGAUCUUGUCGCAGGACGAAAUCACGUCGCUCGUGAAGAUAAUCAUCGAAGGCACCUUGCAGGAGGUCUGCCCUCACCUGCCGGACCUGAAGAGUGCGCUCUCGAACGUCCUGACCAACGAAAUGGACAAGCUCGUCUCGGCGAAGCAAAUUGUCAUCCACCAGAACCCUUGUCAAGAGCCGGCGAGCUCGUCGCCGACGCCCACAGACGUGCCCCUGACAUCGAUUUUGGUUUACGUCGUCGACGAGGACGGCAAGUUCGACGACGCUAUGACAAAGAUCCUGCCGAAUUUAUACAAGGUGUCGCACAACUUCCCAGUGAGAAUACACAAGUUCGUGCUGGUGCAGGAAACGGAUUCCGGAAACGCGAUAGCCGUUGUCGUAGUAUCAUCCGUGGCUUUCAUUUGUCUCGUCCUUUUAGCCGGUCUUCUGAAGUUCUCGGUUCAGUGCAUGGCCGCUGAGCUAACCGCCGCCGCAUUUCGAGACAUCUUUAUAAUGAGAAAGAGGCAGACGAGGUUCAACUAUGGAGAACGUUGCCGGCCGGUGUCCUUGGAUGCUUACAGCCUCGAUAGUGUCUCGGCGUACAGUAGCGUAAGGCGGAAAGUUACGUCGAGAACCUCCAAAAGAAGUUACGGCAAUCCGACUUUCGAAGAUUCGAGCGCCAUACCAUCCCACCCGCUGAACUUCGCCGGGAUUUUAUCUUUCUGUAACGACGUUAACAUAAUCAACGAGGAGUUCUCGAAUAUACCCCAAGUUUCGGUGAAGAUAGACGAGCUGCCCCCGGGCACGGAGAUGAAGAACAGGUACGCUAACGUGAUUCCGCUUCCGGAGACGAGGGUGCCACUGGAGAGGCUGAACAACGACCCCACGACCGAGUACAUCAACGCUAGUUACGUGCGGGGCCCGAAGAACGCGACAAAGUACUACAUCGCAUGCCAAGCGCCAUUAGACUCGACUGUGACCGACUUCUGGAGGAUGAUCUGGGAGCAGCAGUGCAAAGUGAUCAUCAUGCUGACCGAUCUCGUGGAGAACGGGGUGGAAAAAUGCACGGAGUACAUCCCACCGUCGGAGGUGACCGACUGUCACCGACUCUACGGUGACUUCCAAGUGACCCUGAAGAAGCGAGAAACCAAAGAGAAGUACGCUAUCUCCACGCUGCACUUGAAGAACCUGGAGAACAAUACGUUCCGAGAGGUGUUCCACAUCUGGUACCUGUGGCCGGUGAGUGGCGUCGAGACGGACGGCGCGGGUCUAAUAGCGGUGCUCCUCGAGGCGAGAGCACUACAGCGCGGAGGUCCUGGACCUAUCGUAGUCCAUUGCAGCUCUGGUACAGGACGCACCGGCACGCUAAUAGCCCUCGACUUAGGAAUUAGACAAUAUGAAAUUACGAGGACCGUGGACGUGCCGAGGGUCGUUUACACCAUCAGGAGAGACCGUGCUGGCGCAGUUCAAACGAAGGAGCAGUAUGCAUUCAUAUACAAGGCACUAAAUCUCUACGCGACGAAACUCGCCGGCGGUGUGCUGGAGUCGACGUGAAAUAUCUGCGAGAAGGACCUACAAAGGUGGACUCCGUUUAGGGCGACGAAGCUGUUCGGUUAACGGGCUGGUGCACAUGUGUACGCGAAGAACUGAGAGAUUUGGAUUCGGGAGCGCUUUUGUAUUCGUGAAAGAACGGGGAAGAGCGCAGUUUUCGUCAAUCGCCAGUCGAAGGAAGAACGGACUUCACGGAGAUGCAGAACAUCUAACGUCGCUCGAUCUGAGGCAGAAGCUCUCUCACACGACAUCCUCAACUAGAAAGGAAGACUAUUGUGCACGGCUGUAGGGCAAAGUGAUCAUGAAAUCAAUGAAACACGGUGGAUGUGUAUUUUCUUUUUUUUUUUUGUUAUUUUGUUAGAACACUGAAGUUAGCGCUGAGUUAGCUGACGAACAGAGAGAGAGAGAGAAAGAGAGAGAGAGAGAGAGAGAGAGAGAGACGAGAGACGUUUUGCGGAGAACUACUGGAAGAACUGAUCGUUACCAGAAGAAUGGGGCGAAAAUAAUUUGUGAUAUGUGGAGUCUAGAUUACUUGUAUUAGCUAUAAACGAGCGGUCGCAGUUGAAAUUCGUUCAUGUUGACUCGUGACUCGUCUUAAUGAUGAUUCCAUUUUGUCGAUGCAUAUUUUAGGGGUACUCAAAAAGA